AUGUCGGCACCAGUGACAGACCGGUAUGAAUACCGUCAGGGUCCGUUACAUACGUAUAGAUGCGAUGCAUCAGUCAAGGAAGAUGAGGCUCAUCGUAUCGUCACUCAAGUCGUCGUCACGGGCGCCCGUGUCUUCGGCAAGGCCUUCGCCGAGGCCUACAAGCAAGCCCAAGCCUCCUCCAAGUACGCCGCGCAGACGGGCAAGAAGGUCGGCGCCAGCAUGUCUUCCGGAUUGACUCUCGACGAGGCCUGCAAGAUUCUCAACGUCAAGCCCCCACAAAACGGCGAGGCCAACCUGGAGCAAGUGAUGGAACGUUUCAAGAAGCUGUUCGACCUCAACGAUCCCCAGAAGGGUGGUAGUUUCUACCUGCAAAGCAAGAUUCUUCGGGCCCGGGAGAGGUUAGAGAUGGAAGUCCGACAGGCCGAGCGCAAGAUGGCCGAGGAGAAGGAACUGCGCGAAGGCUGGAAGCCCAAGGUAUAUAAGGACCGGUGA